AUGGCUGGUUCGCUCGUGCGGCACCUACAGCCUCGAGGUCUGGUCCAAAUUGUGAAAGCGCCACGGCUCGCCUGUCUUCCGCCACUACCACGCCAUGCCUACCUGCUGCCAGAGAUGCUGAAAGUAUUGCACCAGCACGACGCACAGACGCUCUUCCAGCCAGACUUCUUUGAGAACCGUCGCUCGGCCGCGCUUAACGCGACAUUUCGGGUGGUGCAGCCGGUCGCGCAGUAUGAGGGAGCGGCGGUCGAGCUUGGGUAUGCGGUGGGAACGCGGGGUAACGGGGUGGACUUGCCGAGUUGGCCCGUGGAUCUGAGGACGGAGACUGUGCGGUGA